UUCGUGUAUUUUUAGGGAUUUUGGUAUUUUUCGAACAUGGUUACACUAUAAAUUUUCUGCAGUGGUUGCUUGCCCAAAUAGUUUACCAAAAACAAAAAACCUUAGUUAAAAGUUGUAAAUUAUUUCGUUUUAAUAAUGCCGGCAUACCACUCGCAAAUUAAGGACUUUUCUCAACAGGUGGGCAACAUGGCCAUUCUGCCUUUGCGUACCCAGGUUCGAGGACCAGCCCCAUCUACUAAUGUCGAGAGUGACAUUAUUGAUGAGUCACUUUACUUCUUCAAAGCAAAUGUAUUCUUCCGCACAUACGAAGUAAAGUCUGAGGUGGAUCGAGUACUAAUCUAUGUUACACUGUAUAUUACCGAAUGUCUUAAGCGACUGACACGUUGCACAAGCAAGGCACAGGGUACACAGGAAAUGUAUAGCCUGGCCAUUUCGAAGUUUGAUAUACCCGGUGAAGCAGGUUUUCCACUAAAUGCGGUCUAUGCGAAGCCUCAGAGCGCACAGGAUGCCGAUCUGAUGCGUCAGUAUUUUCUACAACUGCGCCAUGAGACGGGCAAUCGGGUGGUCGAGAAGGUAUUUAGUACCGAGGAUGGCAAGCCAAACAAAUGGUGGACAUGCUUUGCCAAGAAGAAGUUCAUGGAGAAGAGCCUGGCAGGUCCAGGACAAUAAAUCAAAA